CGUAAUUUGCUGUCAUGAUAUAUGAAUAAAUCAUCGUCGCGCGGUCAAUAAGUCAACUCUAGAAAACUGGACAUAUUCACCCUUUCUUACUACAAAUGCUGGCAUUUCCACACUGACAGAGCAUAGCUUUUGCAGUCCAAGAAAACAAAGAAGCCUAACUUUACUUCAAGCAUCUUCUUUUUCACUUCAAGAAUGGCUGGUGAUCAAGUAACCCUGUUGGAUUUCUGGUCAAGUCCAUUUGGUAUGAGAGUGAGAAUAGCAUUGGCUGAAAAGGGUGUGAAGUACGAGUACAGUGAACAAGAUUUGAGGAACAAAAGUGAUUUGCUACUUCAAAUGAAUCCCGUUCACAAGAAAAUCCCAGUUCUUGUCCAUGAUGGGAAACCUGUUUGUGAAUCACUUAUUAUUGUUCAGUAUAUUGAUGAGGUGUGGAAGGAUAAGGCUCCUUUGUUGCCUUCUGAUCCUCACGAGAGAGCUCAGUCUAGGUUCUGGGCAGAUUUUGUUGACAAAAAGAUGUAUGACUUUGGGAGGAAGAUAUGGACAACAAAAGGAGAAGAUCAGGAGGCAGCCAAGAAGGAUUUCAUUGACAGCCUCAAGCUCUUGGAAGGAGAGCUUGGAGACAAGCCUUACUUUGGGGGCGAGACCCUCGGCUACGUUGAUGUUGCACUACUUCCUUUCUAUUGCUGGUUUUAUGCCUACGAAACCAUCGGCAACUUCAAUAUAGAGGCUGACUGUCCGAAGCUGGUUGCUUACUGUAAGAGGUGCCUGCAGAAAGAGAGCGUAUCCAAGUCUCUUAAAGAUCCACAGAAAGUCUAUGAUUUUGUUGUGAUGCUGAGGAAGAUGCUUGGGCUUGAGUAGUGUGCAUCCAUAGACAAGGAGGUGUAAUUUCCUGUGUUAUGUUAUACUUAUGUUUUGUUUUGUGUGAUUUAUGUCUCAAACAAGGCUGGCACUUGGUUGCGCCUGUUAUAUGUAUGUAUUCUGAGAGUACUUUGCCGUGCCUAGUAUGGAAUGUGUUUAGAAAAAAUAAUAUAAAUUAUAUCUUUAAUUUUUA